CGUUCACGCUGUUCACGCGUUUAAAUUGCCUAUAUGAUUAUGUUGAAGUAAAUGAAAAAACAUGUUUAAUAAGUAGUACACCUACAAAAUAAUGUUCAGAACAAUAUGGAAGUUAAUGCUACAUAAAAAAUCGCAAACAAUUGUUUUACACCAACCUCAUUACCAGAACAAUGAUCCCUCGUAGAUAAGCAUAUUUUGCACACGUAAGAAGGCCAUAAAAUCACCCCAAAUAACUGUACACCACUGAAAUCACUUUCAUGCUCAUCAUAAUGCCAUUAUAAAUGCCCUACUGGUUGCUUGACAAUUCGUCCAACUUUAUCACAUUUUCGCCCAGCAUCUGAAAAAAAUAUAUCCAAAAAUUUUGUACAUCAUCGUUCUUAUCUUAUCUAUGGCUUGAAUUUUGGGCACCUUAUUCGUACACUGGUUUACGAUCGUGUUCCGGUCGUUAAAAAAAACUCACUAAAAUGUCAUAAAAUGAGAUGUUCUACGCAGAUCUUAAAACUAAGCUUCCCGAGUGCAGGUUUGCGCUGCGGACGAAAUUUGCUAGCCAAAGUCAUCCCACCGACACAGCGCUGUACGGUUCGGUUUUGGGAACGAUUGCAACGAUUGCGAGUAAAAGUUUGAAUUAUUUUGGGCCUGUGAAAUAUACCAACUUCGUUCGUUCGUCAUCAUGAACGCGGUAUCAUGGGUAUUGUUCUGUGUGGUGGCAAUUUCGUCACAGACGCUGGGAACACCCGUUAAGAGAGACUCUGAAAUCGGUAUGGAGAUGGCGAGCUCGCUGGAGGAAGUUGGUGGCAACUUUGAAGGCGAUAUCGAUCUUACCAGCGAUCAGGAGAAGGCAGUUAAAUAUGGCUACACCGCUAUCAUUGGCGAGUCGUUCAAGUGGCCGAACAACAUCGUACCGUACAUGAUCGAUACAACAGCGUUCACUAUUAGCCAGCAGAACAGCAUUCUGUCCGCUAUUCAGCAGAUCGAGCUAGUUAGCUGCGUCCGCUUUAAGCCACGCACGACGGAAGCUGAUUACGUAAAAGUUAUGGGUGGCUACAGUGGCUGUUGGGCUAGUCUGGGUCGCCGUGGUGGUGCUCAGACGGUGAAUCUGCAACCGAACGGCUGCAUGUCCCGCGGUACGAUCAUCCACGAAUUCCUACAUGCGCUCGGGUUUGUGCACAUGCAGAGCGCCUCGGACCGUGACUUCUACGUGACGAUCAACUGGAGCGCAAUCCAGGCAGACAAGGCUUCCAACUUCGAUCGGUACGGUCCGACCGUAGUGGAUGACUUUGGCAUCCCGUACGAUUACGAGAGCGUGAUGCACUACGGUUCGACUGCGUUCACCUACAGCGGACAGCAAACGAUCGUACCGAAGACGAGUGGCGUUACGAUCGGGCAACGUGUCGGCAUGAGCCUUAAGGACAUCAGGCGACUGAACGCUCUGUACCCGAACUGCUACUAAUUUCGGUACGGAUGAUUCGAUUGGGCGAAAAGAUCAGAUGAGACGGAAUGUAGGAUUAGUAACAGUGUUGUUCAGUUGUUUUCAGACUCAUAUAAAUAUAGGAAGGAUAAGGUUUUCGAGAGAUUAGCUUUUAGUUAAGCUUAAGUGACUAGACAGUAACAAUUGAAGAUACAAGCAAAGCCUUGCUAACUUCUUGCAUUAAAGUACAACGUGCAGUCA